UCGGUGUUUGUGGAGAGUUUACCGUUGGCGUUGUUAUCGUUUUCCGCUGCGUUUAACCACCGUCUUUCGCCUGUUGCCGUAACCGUAGUCCAUAUUAUUAUUAUUAUUAUUAUUAUUGUAAGGCCGCGGUUCAUGCCUACAGUUUACGCAGAUUGAAAUUCGGCGCGUAGUUUUCGAAACAAAAAAAUCUAAAUAAUAUUCGAAUAGUGCAAAAAUCGCUGAGUUUGAAGCGUUAAUCUCAAUCACAUUUGGUGAACUUGGUGAAGAAGAAGUGUGCGAAAUAACCGAAAGGUUUUUGCAAAACCUGCAAAGAAACAGGUACAACAAAUUUUGGCAACAUAAAAGUGGUAAAAUCUGCAUGCAGAACUAAACAGUAGCAGAAACAAGAGAGAUACAUAAAUGAAUGAAUUAGAAAAGAGGCAAACAAGUGAAGAAGAGGAUUUAAAAGCAUGAAAUUGCAGUGCAGAUUUCUAUUAUGUGUUCAUAGCUCGCGAAAAAGCAAUACGCACGAGCUGCAUGGAUAGACAAAUACAAAAAAAAAUAAAACGGGGAAAAAAUAAACAAAAUUAUAUUAAUUAAUUAAUAAACUAAGUGAUUGCUUGUGCGAAAUAUCAACAAACAGACAAAGCAUUGGAUUAGCGACCUAAGCGAAAAUUGCUGCGAAAACAAAAAUUAUUAAAGAAAGAAUUCUUUAAAGUGUCAUUGUGCUCGCUUGUGUACAAACAAGUAAAUAAAUAAAUAAAAAAAAAAAAUAAAAGCAAAACCUUUUGAAACUUAAUUUCAAGUGCAAAAGUGCACAAUUAAGUCGUCAGUGGGCCUGUGCAUCGACAUUUGUAAAUUUGGAAUACCCGAAAAGUGACCAGCCGUCGCCGUCGCCAACACAAAACGCAGCUGAGCCGUCUCCUAAGGGGAAACUGCUCCAACGUACAACAAAAGUUUGAUCUCCAACCGUUUACGCUACAGACAUCACAGUGGCUCUACACUCAACUGAGGCCUUAAUGGCUGCGGGUUUCUUGAAAUCCGGCGAUUUAGGUCCACAUCCGCACAGCUAUGGUGGGCCGCAUCCACAUCACUCGGUGCCGCACGGGCCUUUGCCGCCAGGAAUGCCAAUGCCUUCGUUGGGACCCUUCGGAUUACCUCACGGUUUAGAAGCUGUUGGGUUUUCCCAAGGUAUGUGGGGUGUGAAUACAAGAAAGCAAAGACGUGAGCGCACCACAUUUACGCGCGCCCAGUUGGAUGUACUCGAAUCGCUGUUUGGCAAGACCCGCUACCCGGACAUUUUUAUGCGCGAGGAGGUCGCAUUGAAAAUCAAUCUACCAGAAUCCAGAGUGCAGGUUUGGUUCAAAAAUCGACGCGCCAAAUGUCGCCAGCAACUUCAGCAGCAACAGCAAUCGAACAGCCUUAACAAUUCGAAGAAUGUCAACUCCGGCUCCAGCUCCUGUUCUUCGUCGCGCAACUCAUCAAAUAGUGGCAAUAAUAGUAACAAUAACAACUCCAGCUCCUCGAACAAAUCGAAUUCACACUCAUCGCAUUCGACGUCCGGCAGCGGUGGUAGCGGCAAUAAAUCGAACAAUUCAUCGGGCUCUGGCAGCAAUGCGAACAACUCGAAUAGUGGAGGCGGCUCAUCUGCAGCAGCUGCCGCUGCCGCCGCCGCAGUCGCACAGUCUAUUAAAUCCCAUCAUAGUUCCUUCCUAAAUGCGUCCUCCUCCGGCUCAGCGAUAGCGCCCACAUCCGGUUCGGCUAUAUCGUCGCACGCGCACUCGUCACACCCGCAUCAUAUGUCCGCUGGUGGUGGCAUUAAUUCACUGGCGUCCGGCCCAUCGGUGGCCACCGUAAAUUCGCUAAAUGCUUCGGUAGCCGCUCAUCAAAACUCUUCACCACUACUGCCCACACCUGCCACCUCCGUUAGCCCCGUUAGCAUUGUCUGCAAGAAAGAACACAUCAGCGCCGGUUACCCAGGCGGUCCGGUCGGCAAUGACGGCUCCUUGCGCUCCACCUACGAUUCCCUGAAGGAUGGAGGCGGCGAUAUUAGUAGCAGUGCAGCGCAUCAUCACAGCAUCUAUGGCACAGCGGCAGCGACGAAUCCACGUCUAGUGCAACCCGGCGGCAAUAUAACGCCCAUGGACUCGAGCUCUAGCAUCACCACACCAUCUCCGCCCAUUACGCCAAUGUCACCACAAUCGGCUGCCGCCGCAGCACAUGCCGCACAAACCGCACAGUCGGCGCAUCACUCCGCCGCCCACUCGGCAUACAUGCCCAACCAUGAUUACAAUUUCUGGCAUAAUCAAUAUAAUCAAUAUCCCAACAACUACACGCAAUCGCCAGCCUACUACUCGCAAAUGGAGUACUUUAGCAAUCAGAAUCAAGUCAACUACAACAUGGGCCACACCGGCUAUAGCGCAUCGAAUUUCGGGCUAUCGCCUGGGUCAUCGUUCACCGGCACUGUUUCGGCGCAGGCCUUCUCGCAAAAUGGCCUGGACUACAUGUCGCCUCAAGACAAGUACGUGAACAUGGUGUAG